AUGAGUAGAAGAAAAUUUUCAACGCUAAGAGAGCUUGAAGAAUACUGGGACAAUGAUCUUGAUUUGACAGAUGAUGAUGACCCAGGAGGUACUAUUGACAUAGUUGAAUUACCACCAGAUAGAGCGGAUGAUGUGUCUGAUUUAGAAGAUAUAGAUGACAACAUUCUGGAAGAUACAAUUCCAAACGAUGUUCCAGGUUCAUUAGAAAUUCAUGGCGGUAGGUGUAAUGAAGAAGUUACUGUUCAAAGAAAAAAGAAACCUAAAAAUGAAAAACCCAUAUCAAGGUGGAAAAGAGAAAGAGCAUCAUUCAACAUUUCUAGUCAGGGAGAAGAAGAGUGCGAGCAACGUAGAAUGACCAUGAUAGAAAGAGUAAAAGAUAAAAGACCAGUAGAAAUUUUUGAAAUGUUCUUCACAGAUGAUCUAGUAAAUCACAUCGUACAGCAAAGUGUAUCUUAUGCAACUCAAAAUAAUCGUCACCAAUUUACGCUCUCUUCAGACUGCUUCAAAAAAUUUUUGGGAUUUUUACUGUUAACUGGAUAUCACUCUUUGCCUCAAGAGCAGAUGUAUUGGUCAGAAGAAGAAGAUAUAGAUAUUGGAAUUGUAAGGAAAUGUAUGUCGAAAAAUCGUUAUAUUGAAAUAAAAAGAAAUCUACCUUUCAGUGACAAUACAAAUAUACCACUAAUAAAUGGAAACAAAGACAGAUUAUUUAAAAUACGACCAAUCUUGGAUGAGCUGAAUAAAGCAUUUAUGCAGUUCGGCGUAUUUUCGUAUAACAUAUGUAUUGAUGAACAAAUGGUACGUUAUUAUGGUCAUCAUUUUCUAAAGCAGUUUAUUAGAGGAAAGCCCAUUCGCUUUGGGUUCAAGCAAUGGGCAAUGUGUUGUGGUGUGACCGGAUAUUGCUAUAAUGCUGACAUCUAUGAAGGUAAGCCAAGUAGAAUUUCAGAAGAAGAUAAUUUAGAAGGAGAUACUUAUGGAUUAGGUGUGUCAGUAAUAUUGAAUAAGAUAGCAACCAUAGACAAACCAGAGGAACACUGCUUUUAUUUCGAUAAUUUUUUCACAAGUUUUGAUUUGCUGAAAAAUCUAAAAGAGAGAAAUAUACCUGCGACAGGAACGGUGAGAUGUAAUAGGAUGAAUAAGUGCCCUAUAAAAAACAGAUAG